AUACCAUUCGACGUCGCCAAGCUGCUUGAGCCGGAGGCGAGUCUGAUAGGAACUGUAGCCUGAGUGCAAACUUCAUGCUGAUGGCAGUUUGUAGUUAGAAUUAAAACGCGCCUCUCGUUAAAUUUUAGCGCGUCUAGUGUGAUUUUAUUUUUUUUUAAGAUCCCGAUUAAACGGCAUUAUUAGUUAACUGCCUCUGUCCAUGUCGAAAAGAUUGAGGAGUAACGACAUCUGCGCCGACUGCAGCGUCCCCGAUCCUCGCUGGGCAUCUAUAAACAGGGGUGUUCUGAUCUGUGAUGACUGCUGCAGUGUGCACCGCAGUCUGGGCCGGCACAUCUCUCAGGUACGACACCUGACACACACACCGUGGCCUCCUACAUUGCUGCAGAUGGUGCAAACUCUUGUUAGCAAUGGUGCCAAUUCAAUCUGGGAGCAUUCAUUGCUGGAUCCUACUUCUCUAAUGAGUGGAAAGCGCAAGGCCAGCCCUCAAGACAAAGUGCACCCCAAUAAAGCAGAAUUUAUCAGAGCCAAAUAUUCAAUGCUGGCUUUCGUCCAUCGCUUGCCAUGUCGUGAGGAUGACAGUGUUGCAGCCAAAGACCUGAGCAAACAAUUGCAUUCAAGUGUGCGGACAGGAAACUUGGAGACAUGCUUGCGAUUGCUGUCAUUAGGAGCUCAAGCAAACUUCUUUCACCCUGAGAAAGGAAACACCCCUCUUCAUGUGGCAAGCAAAGGAGGACAAAUUCUACAGGCUGAGUUGUUAGCAGUAUACGGUGCUGACCCUGGUGCUCCUGAUGCCAAUGGCAAGACCCCAAGUGAUCAUGCAAGACAAGCAGGGCACCAUGAACUAGCAGACCGUUUAGUGGAGAUCCAGUAUGAACUCACUGAUAGACUAGCCUUCUUUCUUUGUGGAAGAAAACCAGAUCACAAGAAUGGGCAGCAUUUCAUAAUUCCACAGAUGGCUGAUAGCAGUUUAGAUUUGUCAGAACUAGCGAAAGCAGCAAAGAAGAAACUGCAGUCAUUAAGUAAUCACUUAUUUGAGGAACUAGCUAUGGACGUGUACGAUGAAGUGGAUCGAAGAGAGACUGAUGCAGUUUGGCUGACAACUCAAAACCACAGCACCCUGGUAACUGAAUCAACGGUCAUUCCCUUCCUUCCUGUGAAUCCAGAGUACUCGUCAACGAGGAAUCAGGGAAGACAGAAGCUGGCACGGUUUAAUGCUCAUGAGUUUGCCACUUUAGUCAUUGAUAUUUUAAGUGAUGCCAAACGAAGACAACUAGGGAAUCCAGUCACUAGUCCCAAAGAAAAUGUGGAACUUAUACUGAAGAGUGUUAAUGAUCGCCGUGGCAGUGAGAGCCAUGACAACGAUCAGCCAGAUUAUGAUAGUGUUGCUUCAGAUGAAGAUACGGACCAGGAACCAGCAGUUAAAGCAAUUAGAGCAAAGAGCAUGGACUCUGAUCUGUCAGAUGGGCCAAUUACAUUGCAGGAAUACAUGGAGGUGAAAAAUGCACUCAGUGCUUCUGAGGCAAAGAUACAGCAGCUGAUGAAGGUGAACAGCAACUUAAGUGAUGAGCUGCGUUUGAUGCAAAAAAAGGACCGACUGAGAUAA